AUGUACUUCGCUGUUUCCACACAAGGUGUGCAGGCGACUUCCCAGAGCGCCUUCCCACCGAUUGUCAAGCCUCCCAUCCGCGCUCGCUCUGCUGAUGGGCUUGAGAUGUAUGUCACCGUAAGCUUCCAGUGGAAGCUGGAGCCGCAGGCCCUCAACCCGCUGUACUACCUGCUGGGUGAGGAGGGCUAUGAUGAUGCCUUCGUGCGGUUUGCGCGUUCUGCAAUCAUAAGCACAUGUUCACAUUUCCCGGCGGACAUGUACUUCACUAACCGUACGAUCAUCAUUGCGGCAAUGUUGGAGGACUUGGAGCGAAACUUUCAACUUCCAGACAAGGGUCUACAAGCGAAUAUCAAAGGCUUACAGCUGCAAGAGGUGGACCUGCCUGAUGAAUUUGAUGUAGAGAUCGGACAGACGCAAGCUCAAUUGCAGGAGCUCGAAGUCGCCUUUGCCGAGCGUGUAGAGAAGGAGGUUGCUAUGCAAACCGAGCUACUGGUCUCUACCCAGCAGGUGCUGGGAAACUUGGAGACUCAACGUGGUGAGUCCGAAGGUGUCCUUGAGCUCAACCAAGCAGAGGUGGACCAGCUGCUCCUCUUCCAGGAGCGGCAGGCGCUCGCCAACAAUGCAAUUCUGCAGCAGUUCGAGAAUGACACGCAGCCCUUUGACAGGCUCUUCGAGCUGAUGGAAGUACGCUUGCUGGGUGACCACAGCUCUGACAACCUCAUGUUCUCCUUUUGA